UUUUUCAUCCUCAAUUUUUUGUGCUUUUUCUAUCAUAUUUUUGUGAGUUCUGUUUUUAUUUAACAUAUUCUUUAGGUAAAAUGUCAAAAUCAACAAUCACCGAAGAUUUUGAUGAAUAUCUCGAUGCAGAAUUCCAUUCCGACAUAAAAAGUGCCAAAACAAUUCUGAAAACAUUUAAAAGACCAAAAGACCGUGAAAUUGCUUUAAGUUUGAUUGAACGUGUACAAUUACUUAAUUCGAAUAGUUUAGAAGUUAAAUCCAAUCGAAAUAAAUUCACAAGAUAUUUUCUAAAAGUUCUUCAAAAGAACAGCGAUACUCAACCAAAGGAAUAUGACAUUUGGUUUAAGCCACGAGAAACAAAAGAACCUACAGAAAAUGCUUUAUGGUCGCCUGAUCGUCGCACUUUUAUAGCAACAAAAACUAUUCCAGGCUUUGGUAUGCUUGUCUACAUGGCCGUAACUCACGAACCCGAGUUAGGUUGGCAGGACUACGGUUUUCUAUCUUAUGACUUUAUGAAUUAACAAAAUGCUUAGCCU